AUGUCCACUACAGUCACUGCAGAUAGAUCAGUAACCAAGAACUUGUUCGCUAAGGACACCUUGGGUAACGACUUCAAGGCUCCAGAUUAUUCCAUCAAAGAUGUCCUUAGUGCCAUCCCAAAGAAAUGUUAUAAGAGGUCAGUUCCAACAUCUUUCUUUUAUGUUUUCAGAGACAUUGCUUGUAUCCUGACAUUUGGCUUCAUUGCCACCAAUACCAUCCCCUUAAUUGGCAACCAAUAUCUAAGAGGUGUCGCUUGGUUAGCUUAUGGUAUUCUUCAAUCUUUACCUUAUACCGGUAUUUGGGUCAUGGCUCACGAAUGUGGUCAUCAGGCUUUCUCCGAUUACGGCUGGUUGAAUGAUACUGUUGGUUGGGUCUUGCAUUCUUACCUUUUAGUCCCUUAUUUCUCUUGGAAAUAUUCCCAUGGUAAACAUCAUAAGGCAACCGGUCAUUUAACUAGAGAUAUGGUUUUUGUUCCCCCAACAGUUGAACAAUUCAAGGAGAGAAGAAACGUAAUCUCUUUAUCCGAAUUGGCUGCUGAUACUCCAAUCUCUACUUUCAAAGAAUUGUUGAUUCAACAACUAGGCGGUUGGGUUUGGUACUUGUUAACCGAUGUCACCGGCCAACCUCAUCCACAAUAUAAGACCUUCCUCUCCCAAUUCAAAGCUUCCCAUUUCAACCCAAAAUCUCCAAUCUUUGAGAAGAGAGAUUACUGGUUUGUCGUGCUCUCUGAUAUUGGUAUGUUAACCCAAUUUUACGUUCUAUAUGAAUGGUACCAACAUUUCGGCGCCUUCAAUGUCUUGGUUCACUGGUUCAUUCCUUAUAUCUUUACCAACCAUUGGUUGGUGUUUAUCACUUUUCUACAACACUCUGACGUCUCCUUACCUCAUUACGAAGAUAAAGAAUGGAACUUUGCGAGAGGUGCUGCUGCAACUAUCGACCGUGAAUUUGGUUUCGUCGGCUCCUUCUUUUUCCACGAUAUCAUUGAAACUCACGUUCUUCACCAUUAUGUCUCCCGUAUCCCCUUCUAUAAUGCCCGUGAAGGUACCAAGGCAAUCAAAGAAGUCAUGGGUGAACAUUAUGUCCAUUCUGAUGAAAACAUGUGGCUCACUCUUUGGAAGUCAGGCAGAUACUGCCAGUUUGUUGAAGGUGACGGUAUCAAGAUGUUUAGAAACGUCAACGGACUCGGUGUUCCACCUACUUCUAAAUGA